GUGACCAAAACUUCCUGAAGCAGCUGAUGAACUUUGACAAAGACAACAUCUCGGACCGUGUCUUAAAGAAGAUCUCAGGAUAUGUAGCCCAAGCUGACUUUCACCCAGAAAUUAUCGGCAGGGUGUCCUCGGCAGCCAAGUCCCUCUGUAUGUGGGUGCGAGCCAUGGAAAUGUAUGGCAGAAUAUUUCGUAUUGUGGAGCCCAAGAGGCAAAGAGUUAACGCUGCCAUGGCGAUCUUAAGAGAAAAGCAGGCAGCACUUGCUGAAGCCAAGGCUAAACUAGCAGAAGUGGAGGCCAAAAUGGCUGAACUGAAACGCCUGUAUGAAGAGAAACUAGCACAGAAAGAAGAGCUCAAGAGAAAAGCAGAACACACAGAGAUGAUGCUUGACAGGGCUCAGAGACUUGUGUCUGGCUUGUCGUCGGAACGCAUUCGUUGGGAACAGACUGUCAAGGAACUAGAAGGACGAAUGGAGCACCUUAUUGGAGAUGUGCUUAUAUCUGCAGCUUUCAUGUCAUACUUGGGUCCUUUCCUGACUUCCUACCGACAGGAAAUGGUGCAAAAAUGGAUGAAGGAAGUGAUUAAACUGGGGAUCAACUGUGCCCAGCACUUUGACUUCUGUAGCUUCAUGGCAAAGCCUACACAGGUUCAAGACUGGAAUAUUCAAGGUCUCCCCAGUGAUGAAUUUUCCACAGAGAAUGGAAUUAUUGUAACCAGGGGCCGAAGGUGGCCUCUUGUAGUUGACCCUCAAGGUCAGGCCAUCAAGUGGAUUAAAAACAUGGAAUUAUCACAGGGUUUGAAGAUAAUCGACUUGCAGCAGGCAGAUUACAUGCGAACACUAGAGUCAGCCAUCCAGUUUGGCUUGCCUGUGUUGCUGCAGAAUGUGCAGGAAAAACUAGAUCCAUCACUUGAUCCCAUCUUGAACAAGUCUCUGAUGAAAGUUGGUGGUGCGUACAUCAUGAGACUAGGUGACAAGGAGAUUGAGUACAAUGAUUCUUUCCGUUUCUACAUAACGACAAGACUCAGCAAUCCCCACUACACACCUGAGAUUUCAACAAAGGCUACCGUUGUCAACUUUGCUAUAAAAGAACAAGGCUUGGAAGCUCAGCUACUUGGAAUUGUGGUCAGAAAGGAGAGACCUGAACUGGAAGAACAAAAGGAUAACUUGGUACGCAGCAUUGCAGCUGGCAAGAAGAAGCUGGUCGAAUGUGAAGAUGAGAUUCUCCGGUUACUGAACGAAACUAAAGGGUCACUACUGGAUGACGCCCAGCUGGUCAACACCCUGCAGUUGUCCAAGACAACCUCACAGGAAGUCACAGAGUCUGUCAAUAUCGCUCAGCAAACAGAAAUUAAAAUUGAUGCUGCUCGAGAGUGUUACCGCCCUUGUGCCCAGAGAGCAUCGACACUUUUCUUCGUCCUCAGCGACAUGGGUCUCAUUGACCCAAUGUACCAGUUCUCAUUGGAUUCAUACAUUGAUUUAUUUGUACUGUCAAUUGAGAAGUCCCAGCGCUCUUCAAAAUUGGAGGAGAGAAUAAACAACCUGAAUGAAUAUCACACAUUCUCUGUGUACAGAUAUACCUGCAGAGGCUUGUUUGAAAAGCACAAGCUCAUCUUUUCCUUCCAGAUGUGUGCGAAAAUCUUGGAACAAGCUGGGAAACUCAACAUGGAUGAGUAUAACUUCUUUCUCAGAGGUGGCCUAGUCCUAGACAGAGAGAACCAGAUGGACAACCCAUGCACUAACUGGUUGUCUGAUGACUCUUGGGACAACAUCACUGAGUUGGAUAAGUUGACCAACUUUCACGGCAUCAUCACAUCUUUCGAGCAGUACCCACGGGACUGGAACAUGUGGUACACAUCUGCAGAGCCUGAGAACACAUCCUUGCCAGGAGAAUGGGAUAAUGCUUGCAAUGAGCUUCAGCGGAUGUUAAUUGUUCGCUCACUACGUCCAGACAGGAUCUCCUUCUGUGCCACCUCAUUUAUUAUUAAUAACCUGGGGUCAAAGUUCACUGAGCCACCAGUUCUUGACAUGCAGACCGUGGUUGAUGAUUCUACAACUAGAACACCGCUCAUCUUUGUACUGUCUCCUGGUGUUGAUCCCACCAGUGGACUUUUGCAGCUGGCAGAAAACAGUGGAAUGGCAGCCAGAUUCCAUGCUCUGUCACUAGGUCAAGGUCAAGCUCCCAUUGCUACCAGGAUGAUAAAGGAAGGAGUUAGAGAGGGUAAGUGGGUAUUCUUGGCUAAUUGCCAUUUGUCCUUGAGCUGGAUGCCUGCGCUAGACAAGCUGGUAGAGCAGCUGCAGGUCGAAGAACCUCACCCAGACUUCCGUCUGUGGUUGUCUUCAUCUCCUCAUCCAGAAUUCCCAAUCUCCAUCCUGCAGACAGGCAUUAAGAUGACCACAGAACCUCCAAAGGGGCUAAAAGCCAACCUGAAGCGUCUCUACAACCUCAUCACAGACCAGCAGUUCCACCGGUGCCACAAACAGGAGAAGUAUAAGAAGCUGCUGUUUACUCUGUGCUUCUUCCACUCUGUCUUGCUGGAGAGGAAGAAGUUCCGCAUGCUGGGCUGGAACAUUGCCUAUGAAUUCAAUGAUUCUGACUUUGAAGUCUCUGAGAACUUGCUGUCAAUUUACCUAGAUGGUUAUGAUGACACCCCAUGGGAAGCUUUAAAGUAUUUAAUUGCCAACAUUAACUACGGAGGUCAUGUGACUGACGACUGGGACAGACGCCUUCUGAUGACCUACAUUAAUGACUACAUGUGUGAAUCAGUGCUGAUAGUGCCUUUCUACAAAAUGUCCUCCUUACCAGCUUACUACAUCCCCAAGGACGGUCCUCUCUCCUCAUACAAGGAGUACAUAACUAUGCUGCCAAAUGUUGAUCACCCAGAGACAUUUGGGCAGCAUCCAAAUGCUGAUAUCUCAUCCCAGAUCCAGGAGACGCGGUUGUUGUUUGACACACUUCUGUCACUGCAGCCACAGGUAUCCACAUCUGGGGGAGAGAGUAGAGAGGAUAAGGUCUUGGAGCUGGCAGCAAACAUAUUCAAGCAAGUGCCUGAAGACAUGGACUAUGAUGGAACUGCCAAGAUUCUGUCUGUGGAUCCCUCACCACUCAAUGUUGUACUGCUGCAAGAGAUACAACGCUACAAUUCUCUCCUGCAACAAAUACGAGCCUCACUGACUGCCCUAGAGAGAGGUAUUCAAGGCCUUGUCGUGAUGACCGCAGACCUGGAAGUUAUUUUUCAUUGUAUUUUUGAUGGCCGUGUACCUCCUAUAUGGGAAAAGGCCUACCCUUCAAUGAAACCACUGUCUGCGUGGACAAGGGAUCUAGUUCAGAGAGUUGAUGUUUUUGCCAAAUGGGCAGGAACAGCACGCCCCCCUUGGGUCUUCUGGAUGUCUGCUUUCACAUUUCCAACUGGAUUCCUCACUGCAGUUCUGCAAACAGCUGCCCGACAGCACCAGGUGUCAGUGGAUGCUCUUUCUUGGGAGUUUAUUGUACAGACCGUGGAUGACAGUAACCUGACAGGAGCUGCAAAGGAUGGUGUGUAUGUCAAGGGUCUCUAUCUUCAAGGAGCUGGUUGGGACAAAAAGAAUUCUGUCCUUGUUGAGGCCAACCCAAUGCAGCUCGUCUGCCCAAUGCCCACAAUUCAUUUCAAACCAGUAGACACCAAAAAGAAAGGCGGCAAGGGUAUAUACACAACUCCCUGCUACUACUACCCCAACCGCUCAGGUGCCAUGGGACGACCCAGUUUUGUUGUGGCCGUGGAUCUUCGGGCCGGAGACAAGCCAGCAGAUCACUGGGUGAAACGAGGAACAGCUCUCCUCAUGAGCUUAGACUAUUAA